AUGGUGGUACUUGAAGACGGAGGAAUGAUGAGCAAUCCUAACCAAUACCUUCAGCCUGACUACUUAUCACCGCUUCCAUCAUCUUUGGAUUCGAAGAAGAGCCCCCUUGCGCUUUUAGCGCAAACUUGCAGUCAAAUAGGAGCCGAUACGAUGUCUUCGAAGCCGCUUCUUGCUUCUGUUGACAAGAAAAAAUCAGUGAACAGUGUUAAUAGUGAAUCCCUCAGUCGUUCUUCACCAAAUUCCUCUAAAAUGGACAAGCCUCGCGCGACCCCGGAAAAUAAACAUUUAGCCUUCAAACCUUACGAAAAUACGGUUGUGACCAAAAAACCAGAAGAUACCAGACCCUCUUCUAAGGCUAGUUUGGACAGCCAGGAUGACAAAAAAUCUGGAAAAAGCACGCCCGGUCGUAAAUCCACCACUCCGACUAGAGAAACUGGAAAACACAGUCCGGCAAGUGAACAGAAGUCAUCGCCUUCCGGCUCGAGCUCUGGAACGAGUCCAAUCAUCAGAUCUGGAUUAGAAGUUUUGGGACACGGGAAAGAUCACCUGGGUGCCUUUAAAAAUCUACAUGGUCUGGCCGGAUUUAACCCUCUCACUGGACUUUGUUGUCCUCCAGGAAUGGAACAACACGCUAAUCCAGCCUUUCGACCCCCAUACGCAGGGGCUUCAUUCAGUGCUCACCACGCCGCAAUGCUGGCGGCUGCAGCAGCGUUCCCUGGAUCUUCACCCAACCCUUAUCUCGGCUACGCUCGCGUUAAAACGCCAGCCGGCGGUGAAACAUUAGUUCCAGUCUGCAAGGAUCCAUAUUGCACUGGAUGUCAAUUCUCAGUGAACAACCACCACUUAUUAAUGAGCAACGGAUCCUGUCCUGCCGGAUGCACUCAGUGUGAACACCAAAAAUAUAACUUGGCUAUGGCCAUGGCUCUAUCUCAACAAGGCCCUGGUGGUAUCCCGUACCCGCAAGUGACCCGCCCUUAUGUAUGUAACUGGAUCGUCGGCGAAUCUUACUGUGGCAAGAGAUUCGGAAACUCUGAAGAACUUCUGCAACAUCUGAGAAGUCACACGGCUGACGGGUCGACUCCAGCGUCAUCGGCUUCAUCGCAGUCUUCAUUGUUGAACCCUUUAAACCCGCUGUUUACAACCGCCGGCUUGCGAAGCGCCUACCCGACGGCUCCCUUAAGUCCGCUCUCGGCGAGCCGAUACCACCCUUACUCUAAGGCUGGUCUCCCCGCAAGUCUAGGAUCAUCGCCGUAUGGAGCGUUUAAUCCAGCCCUAGGUCCAUUUUACUCUCCCUAUGCAAUGUAUGGCCAAAGACUUGGAGCGGCUGCAGUGCACCAGUAA